AGCGCGACCGUACGCGACUUGAUAUUGGGAUGUUAUUAUUAUUCUCGCUUAUCGGUUUCGUCCGUCGUUAUCGCUGCUGGUCCGCUAUUUCGAAACUGUCCUUUCCGCGGAAACAUCACGUAACACGCGACACACACGAUUGUUAUUAUUUUAUUAUAAUUUCGGAUGUUAUAUAAUAUUCGUGUAUUAUUAUUAUUUAUUAUAUAUCGUCAGUAGGUACUGACAAUAAGGUACUGAAAUAGGUAUUGUAACAGCCAAUUUUUUUGGAGUUAUGAUUCCGGACAUCCGUACUCUCUCAAUGGUUCGUAUAGUCAUUCGCUUUCGAAUUUUAUUUAAGUCAUAUCCCGCAAUCAUAUUCUUCCGUAACUGUACAAUUCGUGUUUUGGCAUUUCUUUAGCAUAGUCAUUAACCGUCUACGAUACCCGUGAAACCGAACGACGACAAUGAUAGACACCUGUUAGGAAGUGGUUUUGUAGUAUACAUCUAACCACCUACAUAAUAUCAAAUCGAUCUCCGUGGUAAACAUCCCGCCGAGAUCACUCCUUUCCUCCAAGAGCGGCCGAAAUAUCGAAAUGAAGUUGUCCGCAAUCAUAUUGUUUCUACUCGUACUCGAUCACAUUCAACAUCGUUCGGUUAAAAUACCCUGUCAAAAAAACUGGAAUAUUCAAGAUAUCAAAAAGUUCAAAAAUAAUAAUUCACUCACAUUUAUAGACGAUUAUGGUGCCUGCGGAAUACAGCGUCUCGUUAUGAUCCAAUCACAGAUUUUUUCAGAAGAAAAUUUUUCAAUCAUGCUUGAAUGGAUGAACGAAAAACUAAAACGUUAUGCUAUGAGAAGUUGCAGCUGGGAACAAUCUGAUCACGAAAUCUACAAUGAUCAUUUCAAGACAAACUCUGAGGUGGAUGAAACGAUACUAAUGUCAAAUUUAAAAAUUACUAUAACAAUCUUACAACAAUAACAAGAGCGAAUUCCCAGCACCAAGUCUUAUGCAUCAUCCUGUCAUAAUUAUUGAAAAAUUGUUUUUAUGUUUAAUCUAUUUAAUUUAUUUUUUAAGUAACGGUAUGAUUUAUAAUUUAUAUACAAUAUAUAUUUAAACUAAGUUUAAUGUAGUUUAAUUUAAGUUAGUGAAUAUUUUAAAAAGUUUUUUUUUCAUAAUUUAUUCAUUGUAAGCAAUGCCGGAUUUAAGUCUCUGUAAUUUUUAUUCAUAAUUGAUUAAUUUAUUUUACACAGUUAGAAAAUCUAGAACGCCAACCUGAGGCACCUAAAACAACCUCAGCCACGAGUGUCUGUUUACUGCACCCCUGCAACCCACUAAAUCCGGCACUGAUUGUAAGUGCAUUAAAACAAUAUAAUACUAAAACAUAAUUUAUUAUUAAUUGUUGAAAUUAAUCGAUUUGUCAUAAUUAAUGUAAUGAUAUAAUAUAUAUUUCAAAUAUUUACCGUGUCCUAAUAAAGAUAAUAUUAAACACAAUAUUAUAUAGUUUUAGUAUCUGUGGAACUAUAAAUAAUCUAUACCAAUUAUUUUCAU